UCAAACUGCUCCGUGGUGUCGCCCUCUAUUAACGUCUCCACCUCCUCGGUGAGCUGAAGUGUCAGCUCCUCUCUCUGUCACAAAGUCCUGUGGUGUUGUGUCUUUGUUUUUCUCCACCGUUUCAUCUCCUGUUGGCUAAAGUGUGACAUCUUUCAGUGGAUGCUGGCAGAGAGUUAGGGCAGUAAGUUAUGCUGAAGCCCGCCUGUCCGUCAGGAUGAGCACCACAGACGGAGCCGGGUCCCCUGAACAUGUUGGAGAGGCCCGCGUUGUUCAGAUCUACCCCAGGCCGCCCCAGGACGCAGCUACCUACUGUCCCUUGCAGGUCAGCGCUGGGGACACGACAGGGGCGGUCAUUCGCAAUGCCGUGGCCUCUCUGGGCCUGGAUGACAGCCAGAGGUACGGCCUGCUGGAGGUGAGGAGGAGCGGCGGAGAGGAGAGGCCGCUGGAGGCCGGGGACUACCCUUUGGAGAGAGUCCUGCUGUGGCCUCGAGGGGCACAGAGGUGGCACCCUCAGAGCCACGGGUACUACUUCAUCCUGCAGCAAGCCAACAGUGGAGGCAACCAAGUAGAAAGCAGCAGAGAAGAUUAUGAUGACCUCUGUAACCUCCAAACUGUGACUGAGGAGAAUAUCCUGGAGGCUUUACGCCAGCGCUUCCGCAGGCUCAAACUCUACACCUACGUCGGCAACAUCCUCAUCGCCAUCAACCCCAAUAAGUUCCUGCCUCUUUACAAUCCCAAGUAUGUGAAGAAGUACGAGAAACAGCCACUGGGCAAACUGAGCCCUCAUAUAUUUGCCAUAGCAGACGUGGCCUUCCGUUCGAUGCUGACCCGGCAGGUGAACCAGUGUAUUGUGUUGUCUGGGGAGAGUGGCUCAGGGAAGACUGAGAGCAGCAGUUAUCUCAUCCACUGCCUGACUGCCCUCAGCCAGAAGACGUACUCCAGCGGGGUGGAACGGACCAUCCUUGGGGCUGGCCCGGUUCUGGAGGCCUUUGGCAACGCUAAGACGGCAGAGAAUAACAACUCCAGUCGCUUUGGGAAGUUCAUCCAGCUCAACUAUCUGGAGAGCGGCGUCAUCAGAGGGGCAGUUAUUGAGAAGUACCUACUAGAAAAGUGCCGCCUGGUGUCCAGAGAUCAACGGGAGAGGAACUACCACGUGUUUUACUAUCUGCUGAUGGGGGCGUCCAAAGAUGAGCAGGAGGAGUUUCAUCUAUUAAAGCCGCAAGAUUAUCUCUACCUCAAGCAGGAAGACCUCCAUUUAGAUAGUGAGGAGAAACUUGGGCAGGAGUACAAGAGGCUCCAACAGGCUAUGGAAAUGGUUGGCUUCCUGGCCUCCACCAAGAAACACAUAUUUUCCAUCCUCUCUGCCAUCCUGUACCUGGGCAAUGUGAAGUACACGCAGUCAGAGGACCCUGAAGUCCUGGAGGUCGGACCUGCUGACGUUCUGUCCACACUGUCUGACCUGCUCAAAGUGAAAAUGGAGCCACUGGUGAAGACUUUGACCAAGAGGAGAGUAGUGACCGCUAACGCCACCGUAGUUUCACAGUACACACUACAAGAGGCCUACACAGUGCGGGACUCCAUGGCCAAGUCUUUAUACGGAGCUCUGUUUGACUGGAUCAUCCUUCACAUCAACCACGCAAUGCUCAACAGACGAGACAUGGAGGAGUCAGUCUCUUGUUUGUCCAUCGGCAUCCUGGAUAUGUGUGGUUUCGAGAACCUCCAGACAAACAGCUUUGAGCAGCUGUGCAUCAACUACACCAUCGAGAAACUGCAGUACUACAUCAACCAGCACAUCUUCAAGCUUAAGCAAGAAGAUUAUGUGUCCGAGGGCAUCGCCUGGAAAAACAUCGACUGCACUGACAACAGUGGCUGCGUUCAGCUGAUCAGCGAGAAGUCGACCGGACUCUUUGACCUGCUGGAUCAGGAGAGCGACCCUCAGGCCACAGAUGAAAUCCUGUUGUACAAGUUGAAUCAGCAACAUGAGGACAACCCAUUCUUUGUACCCUCCUCAAAUACAGAGCCGACUUUUGUCAUUCAACACUUUGCUGGAAGGGUUAAAUAUCACAUCAAGGAUUUCCAGCAGAAAAACACAGAGCACAUGCGUCCUGAAGUCAUAUCACUUCUACGGAGCAGCGGGCGGGCAUUCGUGCAUCACUUGGUUGCAUCCAGUCCAGAAGCUCUGUUCAGAUGGGGAGUCCUGCGAGCCACCAUCCGCAUCCUCACAAUAUUCAAGAACCUGGGAUGCCAGCGGGCAGAAUCGAUGUCUGCCAGACGAACCUCCCGCCAGACCCUCAGAGAAUUGCAAAAGCGCAACAGUGCUGCUAAGGACAGGCUGUCCAGCACCAGCAUGACUCUGGAUUUCUCCUUUGAUCGCUCUGACGAACAUCCUUUUGAAGUAUUUGAAGACAUCUUUGUCAAUUAUGAAAAGAGAAAGAAAAGUCGAAGCGGUCGACAGAAGCAGCUCAUUCCAAAGAAUCUCAUGGAUGUGCACUCGCUCCGACAUAUUGUUGGUGUCGCCGCGCAUGACCGAACCAGCAAAUUAAUCUUCCACCCUCAUCGGACGACAAAGCCCCCGACAGUUGGCGCUCAGUUUCAGGCCUCAAUUCGAAAGCUGAUGGAGGCGAUUGAAAAAGCCGAGCCAUUCUUUAUUUUCUGUGUUCGCUCCAACGCUGAAAAGAAGCAGCUGUACUUUGAUGAUGAACUUGUGCUCCAGCAAAUCAAGUACACAGGCAUCCUGCAGAUGGUUGACAUCCAGAAGUCUGGCUACAGUGCCAAAUACACAUUCAAGGAAUUUGUCGAGAAGUUCAGAAUGCUGCUUCCAAAAGGAGUUACUGCAACGCCAGAGCCCAUAACUGAACUGUUUGAGGGGAUGGAGCUGGAUAAGAGCACCUAUCAAAUAGGAAAAACCGAGGUGUUCCUCAAGGAGAAGGAGAGGCAACUGCUCCAAGUCACUCACAACAAAGAAGUGAUGCGUCACAUCAUCAUCCUGCAGCGCUGGUUCCGUGUCUGUCUGAUCAGAUCGCACUACCUGCAAAAGAGAGAUGCCACUAUGCUUAUACAGAGGAGCUGGCGUCAGUUUUACGAGAAACAAAACCUGGCUGCUACAGUGAUGCAGACAGCAUGGAGGACUUCCCUGGAUAAACAUGAGACAGAGGAUGACGAGAAUACAUCCAAGACCCGGCCUGGACGGGACAGCUUGAAAAAAAAGGAGCUAACGAGGCAGCACAAAGUGGAGAUCAGCCCCAACAGGAGCCAAGAGAGGUCCCAGAGCAGGGAGAAUCGAGAGGGCAGAGGAUCCCCUCCCCCUCUCAACCGGCCCCUCUCCCUCCCACUGGACCCUAAAGUUGGCACCGAUGACGGCUCCACCAGCUCCUCUAAGAGCAGCUCGCUGCAGCGCUACACAGAUCUCGAGGGGAUCAAAGAGAAGGCCGAGAGGUGGAAGGAGGGCCGACAGAGCGAUAGCGAACCGACGGAUGAAUCGAGUCCAGAAGUACGACGACGAGAGGAUCGGAAAGAUGACUUUCAGCGCAAAAUCAAGUCCAGGUCUGUUGAUGAACUGUCCAAGAUCAGCUCAUCAGGCUCUGAUAGCUCACCCACCACCAAUGAGGUCAGGGUGCAUCUCCGCAAGCAUCCCAAACGCAAGCGGCGCUUAGCCUACCCCCGCAGCAGUUUGAUGAUGACCCUUGGGGGCUCCAAGGAGAGCGAGUACUGGAGCUUUCCGCUGCCUCCCAUCAGCCCCCAAGUGACCGGCAUGAGGAGCGCGGCCAGUAGCGUGGAUGUCCGGUCCCUCAAAUCCCAGGUCAAGAUGAUAGCAGCAGAACCUGACGGGUCGAGGUUCAGCCUUCCAGCCAGGGGCUCCAAUGAGGACUCAGGACAGCAGGAAUCUAACCAAUCAGCACUCACAACUCCGGAGAGGGUUUGGUUUCUCAGUAAAUUCCUGAAAAAGCGGCCACCUAAAUAUUCCUCGGACAACGUCUCUCCGUCAGAUAAAACAGUCACCUUGCCCAGCUACACUCCACAUGCCUACCACAAGCCAGACCAGCAGAGUGAGAGGGUCCAGCGAAACCCAACCAUUAAAAUCAGCCGGGCCACACGGGCAUUGCAGGGCAACGCGUCUCUGGACCGAGAGAUCACCGACCCCAAAGAGCUGCGAAACCUGGACGAAUUCCUCGGCAAUCAGGUGAAUGAGCUGCAAAGUAGAGUAAAAGAGCUGUCAGCAACAGAGAGCAUCUUCAUCAACGCCACCAUGCAGUUCAGAAAUACCAUCAAAGGCAUGUACUCGCUCCAGAAGCCCCAAAUCGGCUACAAAGAUCUGAUGAAGGGCUACCGCAACAAAGUGAACACACUAGCGGGAACCAAGAGGAAGAAGUCAGAAGUCUCGCUGGUGGUCAACUUGUUUCAGUCUGUACUGGACGGCUUUAUUAGGGGCGAGAUAAAACGAAUGGAGUCUGAGCCAUCCAAGGCCACCAAGACGACGAAGAAGAGGAGGAAAAAGGACAAAUGUCCUAAUAGUCCUCUGGAUCACCUGUUCAGCACGUACCAGGUGAACAUCAUGCAGUCAUGUGACUUGUGUGGCUCCUACAUCUGGGGAAUGGAGAAAGCCUACAUGUGCAGUGCUUGCAAGUUAAUAUGUCACAAGAAAUGUCUGAACAAAAUCAUCACAGACUGCUCGACACGAUGUGCCAGACAGGAUGACAGUAUACCGGGCUCCCUUCACUUCGGGGUGCAGGUGUGCAUCCUCACCAGUAAAGCCAACCCUGUGCCCAAAGUGGUGGAGUUGUUGCUGAUGCACGUGGAGCUAAACGGCCUCUACACGGAGGGUAUUUACCGCAAGUCGGGCUCAGCCUGCCGAGCGAGGGAGCUCCACCAGAUUCUGGAGACCGAUCCUGAGGGACCAUGUUUGGACAACUACCCCAUCCACACCAUCACAGGUCUGGUUAAACGGUGGCUCAGAGAGCUGCCGGACCCCCUCAUGACCUUUUCCCUCUACAGCGACUUUCUGCAUGCCGUGGAGCUGCCAGAGAAAGCUGAGAGAAUAAAGGCCGUUUACCAAAAGUGUGAUGAACUUCCUCCUGCUAAUUUCAACACGUUAGAGCGGCUCAUCUUUCACCUGGUCAGGGUUGCAAAAGAGGAAGAGCACAAUAAGAUGACACCAAGCUCUCUAGCUAUUGUGUUUGCUCCCUGCAUUCUGCGUACACCGGAUGUUGAUGACCCCUUCCUUGGUAUGAAAGAUGUGGGCAAGACUACAACGUGCGUGGAGAUCCUGAUCUCUGAGCAGUUCAGACGCUACAAUGAGAAGAUGCAGAAUAUCCAGGAGCUGGAAUACGCAGAGGCCCUGGCUGUCAAUCAGCUCAAACUGAGGAGACAAAACACGGUGAUUGUUGAAAAGCCUUCACAGCAGGACGUUCCAGACCAACAACCUCCGGAUGAAAUGGAGAGGACCCUCAUCGAUAGGAUCCAGUCCAUCAAGCAAGAAAAGGUGGACUUGGCCUGCAGGUUACCUGACCUGGAGCAGGAGAACUCCGACAAUGACAACCUGGACUCAUCGUCAUCGAUGAGCUCAGAGAGUCUAGAGGACAGCCUGGACUCGGAAGUACCAGGAAAGGUGACCAUGCGGUUGAAAACCCAGAAACCCAACUGCCCACCUAAACCUCCUGACCUGGCGCAGAGAAUCAGAAGUCUGAUGGCUCUGACAGACGAUGCACAGAGUGAGUUCGCACCAGGACAAAAGAGAGAUGUUACCCAAUCCAUGUGCUUCCUGCCCAUCCAAGAAGGCCCCUCCCCAACCGACAAGCCCCAGCUCACCAGCAAGCCUUUCAAUGGGAGCUAUGACGACCUGGACAUCCCGUACAUCGAUGAAGAUGAACCUCUCCCCUGCACAUAACACCACAAGUUCUAAUAAUUGGAGGAAGUGUUAAUAGAAGCACUUUGUUUUAUAGACUUUUCCAUUUGUCAAUGCUGCUAUGGAAACAAAGUGCGUAGAGAAUUUAUAUGUAUUUAAUGGGAGAUCGUUAGGGCUCUCCCUUCAGGGUUUUAUAACAGAUCUGGAGGAGAACCAUCAGCAAGGACUGCUCAGCCUCUUUAUAAACAAUACACUGUAUGGGAUUUUAAACAUAUUUCAGAAUUGUACAGUUCACAUUUUAUUAGGUACUUCUGUGAAGCUGUGUGACCAGCUGUGUCUCAUCUGGAGAGAAAAGUAUGAGGAGCAACUCAGGAUACAAGUGCCUCCUUUACUAAUGGACAUUAUUCUGAAUUUGACCACUGUGGUACUGAUGGGACUUUAUGGUGUUUGUGGGGAAAAAAAUGUCUUGUAAGUGUACCAGAAAUGUUCAUAUGAGAGCCAGAGUGCUUCUCCGUUGUACAGAGUGACAUUGUUGCGUUUUGGCCUCUCAUUGAGUGCAUCUGAAACAGUUUCAGUUCGGUUUUUCUGCCUUUCGCUUCCCUGUGGUAUCUACUGCUGUGGCUGACCACUGAUUCAAUACACCUGUAAGAGGGUUUGGUCAUAUUGUUGCCUGACUGAAAAUACUUCCCUCUGUCACUUCUCUCGGUAUUGCAAGGCUCUGCAGUUUCACCAAGUAAACGUUUUGUCCAUACAUAUAGUUUUUUUUUUUAAUAUGCAUGCCUGUACAUUUUAUAAGGGGUAGGAAUGAUGCAUAUGGGGGUGAACCUCCUCAGAGAUUGUCUUUUGUCACCAACUGAAAUAAACUGACCAUUUUCAAAUGUC